AUGAAAAAUAUAAUAAAAUAUUUAUUUAUUUUUCUUUGUUUUCUAAUUAUUACAGAAGCAACACAUUUCCGUUAUGGUACUAUUUCAUGGGCUCCAACCACAAAAUAUAACAACAUUAAAAUAACGGUGAAUUUAGCCUUCAGAACAGGAUAUUGGGGCAGUGUAGCAAUUGGUCAACAGAUUUCUCAUGGAAACAUUGAUUUUGGAGAUAAUACAAAAACUGGUCUUACAAUGACCGUUACAAGUAAGGAUACUGAUAAUGAAUGGUUUACUGCAACUUGGAGUGGAAUACAUGAAUAUUCUCCUCAACCAACAGCACAGACUAAAAACUACAUAGUCGUUUACAAAGAUUGUUGUAGAAUUAGCACACUUUUGAACAAUGGUGAUCAAUAUUGGCAUAUUUCAGCUGGAAUUCAAAUCGAUAGUUCAAAUGCAUUUCCUAAUGUCAAUUGGUCUCCAGUGACAAACAUGAUGCCAAUCGUUAGGGUUAUUGCUAAUAAAAAUAACAAUUUCCGUAUUAUCGCCAAUGACCAAAAUAAACAAACUGCUCUAUCUUAUAAAUUCACUGAUACUUGGACAAUGGAUCAACCACCUGGUAUGACCGUUGAUUCUAUAAAUGGUAACUGUUGGUUUUUGCCAACAAAAGAGGGUCUUUACUCCACUCAAAUUAAAGUAACCGAUGCUCUUGGUGCUUAUGUUGUAGUUGAUUUUCUUCUUCAAACAUACACUGAAGUUGGUAAAUGUGACCCAACCUGUUCAAAUGCUGAUGCCUCUUGCACUUCAAACUCCCAAUGUACAAAAUGUUCAAAUACUGGCUCCAACUCAAUCAAUACUUGUACAAAUAUACAAUCACCACCAGAAUUUAUCAUCCCAACACCAAAAAAUGGUGAAACAAUACUUUUCCCAAUUGAUAAAAGCUCUGAAUUUUAUCUUUCAUGUAAAACACCAUAUGCUUCCAGAACUGCAUCAAUUACCACAUCAAGUAUACCAACAGAGCUUGCAUUAACAACCACUUCAACAGGCCAAACCAAUUCGAUAAAAUACUCAUGGUCACCGAAAACUUCUUCAAUUGGUUCCUAUGUUAUUUCUGCUCUAUGUAAAGACUCUUCAGGAUUAACUUCCGAGGUCCGUUCAUUUACAAUCCGUAUUGAAAAACCUGAAUGUGGUAAUGGAGGAAUAAAGGGUGGUGACGGUAAAUGUGUUUGUAUAGGAAAUUGGGAUACUAUUUAUCAAUGUUUUGAAUGUAAGGAUGGUUUCUAUGGAGAUAAAUGUACUGUUUUACCACCAUGUAAAAAUGGUGUACCAAAUGGUGGUGUGAAUGGUGAUGGUAAAUGUUUAUGUAACAAUGGUUGGACUGGAAGUGAUUGUAGUGUCUCCAAUUCUCAAAGUUGUGGUUCAAUGACAAGUAGUAUUCUUUCUUCUUCAAAUGCUGUAUCAUCAUAUUUAAAUCCAAUUAAAGCUCAAGUUUAUCUAGCUAAUGAUAAAAAGUUUGAUUUUCCACUUGUUCUCAGUAUUCCAAGUACACUUUCUAAACUUGACGUUUACCUUUUGGUAGAUGCAAAUAUGAAUUCAGCUGCAACUUUUUUAAACAUAUAUAAUGGUAUGGAUAAUUUUAUUUCUUCAGUUAAAAAAUUUGCCGAAGAUACUCAGUUUGGUUUAGGUAUAUUCAGUGAUUACCCAAGUAAUUCUAUUACAUUCCAACCAAAUUCAAAUAUUGGUUCUGAUAUCUCCUCUGCUAUUCGUGAAUUUAAACCUUCAUCCUAUUCUUCCUCAUCAAACGGUAACUCACUUUUGGCUGCAACUCAAGCAUCAUCUGCACAAGUUGGUUGGAAUAGUGGUUCAUUUAAAGUUAUUGUAAUUAUUACCGAUAUUGAUUAUCAGGCAAAUCCAACAGAGAAAUCAAGUUUUACUAAUUCAUUGAUUGAUAAAUCUGUUGUUCCUGUUGUAAUCGGAUUUGGUUCUCCAAUUCCUAAUUGGGGAGCCUCAAUUUCAUCCAACGGAUUUGGAUAUACUGUACAAUCAGCAAUAACUUCUGGUGAUUGGUCAACAAAAGCAGCUGCUGGAAUUAAAGCUGUAUCAAGUAAACUCGUUUAUAAAUCAGGUGAAAUGGCCAAUGGUAAAUCUCUUGUUACUUCAUUACCAAUUGGUGAAACCAUUACACAAUCAACCCAAAAAACCGUUACAAUUUCUCUUUUAAAACCAGCAACUACAAAUAUUGAAUCACCAGUUGCAAAGGUGUCUGUUAUGGGUUAUGGACAAACUGUUAUUUCUAUUAAUUCCAAUCGUCAACCAACCGUAUCCAAUUCUGGUUUCUCUGUUGAUCAAAAUUCGUUUGCUACAUUCAAAUUGACAGGAAGUGAUGCAGAUUUAAAUAUUUUAACAUUUAAAUUUACAUCAUUUUUGGAUAGUACUGCAGGUAUUAUUACAAGUAGUUCAGGUGUGGAUGUUUCAACCCAAACAAAUACUUUUUAUUCAUCGACUGAAGUUUUCAAAUUUACACCAAAAAAGAAUUAUAUCGCCACUUCUUCAAUUUCAUUCAUUGCCAAUGAUGGUUGUGUUGAUAGUACUGCAGCAACUAUUACAAUCACUAUCAAUAGAAUUAACCAAGCACCAGAAUGUCAACCAAUAACAAUAAAUGCCUUGUUAAACCAACAAGUUGGAAUUUCAUUGAGUGCUAGUGAUUUCGAAGAUGUUGCAUCAAAGAUUGCUAUAUUUGUUUCCAACCCAUCGCCAUUGACUGUCUAUGGUUCAUUUAAUUAUCAAGAUAAACCAAUUACAACAACCACAACAAUUAAUAACCCAUGGCAAUUAACCUUUAAACAAAUUGUAAAUCCACCAUCAGCUAUAUCUGUUGGAGUUCCAUUUAAAUCAAGAGAUAGUGCCUCGCUUUAUUCAAAAGAAUGUUUAAUAACCGUUAAUUUUGUACACACUAAUGAAGCACCAAUUUCAUCAUCUUUAUCACCUGUCCCAGUUAAUCCAAGAGAUAAAACAACAAUAACUUUGACAUCCACAGAUUAUGACUCAACAAGUGCCACAUUUAAUAUUAAAUCAUUUACAACAGGUACUGAUGGUAAGGGUACUUUUUACAUUUGUCCACAAUUGGGUGAUUGUUCUUGUACAACAACACAAAUAAAAUUACAAAAAAACUAUGUAUCAAGCGCAGUUUCAUAUUCAACCAAUAUUGCCAAUCUUGGAAUUUGUUUCUCUAAUGAUCAAUCAAGUCAAAUUACCGAUUAUGCUUCUGUCACUUUUACUUCAACUGAUAACCAAGGUUUAGAAUCAUUACCAGUCACUGUAAAUAUUAAUGUUGUUGGUACUCGUCCAAAUAGUCCACCUACAAUUAUUUCAAUUCCGAAAUAUUCUGUUUUCCAAGAUUAUAAAGACUAUGAUAAAAGUAGUAAAAUAAUUGAUGGUACAGAUACAGACCAAGAUGAUUAUGACAAAUCCCAAGGUGUAAACAAUUUAAUUGCCGUUAUCACUGAGAAACCAAAAAAAGGUACACUAUAUUUGAAAAAUGAUGGUAGUGUCGCUUCAAAUUCCCCAGCUCCAAUGGAAAUUUAUUAUGUCCCAAAUCCAGGUACUUUUGGAGAUGAUACCUAUUCAUACAAAGUUAUUGAUACUCUUCAAGCUUCAUCAACCAUUGCAACUACAACUGUCUCUGUCAUUCAAAUUAAUCAUAAACCAUCUGUUAGUGCCGAUUCCUAUUCAUUUACAUCCCAAGAUGUCCAAUUCGAAAAAUCAUUAGUUACUAGUGAUUUCGAUGGAGACCAAGUAAAUUGUCAAGUUAUUGCACUUCCAAACCAAAUCAGUAUGUAUGAUUCUGAAGGUAUUUUAAUCACCCAAGUUCCUGCCAAACUUUCCAAAAAUUCUUACAGCUUUAGACUUUUAGAUCCUUCAUUGAUCAUACCUUCACCAUUUUCAAAUGUUCAAUCACAAUUUACUGUUAAUUGUUUGGAUGUUACUAGUAAAACCGAUCCAUUUGGCCCAUUACAAAGUGAUGAUCUUAUUGUAAAUGUUGGAUAUAUCUAUAUUAAUACUCCACCAAAAACUAAAACUCUUACUGUACAACUUGAUCAAGAUACAAGCAAGGCAUUUACAUUUAAUGGCGAUGAUAUUGAAACACCCACAUCGGAUCUUAAAGUAAAGAUUUUCUCAUUACCAACCAAUGGUAGACUUUCAAACCAAUAUGGCUACCUUAAUGGAACAUCCAUUUCCAGUAGAACUUAUUACCUCAAUGAAUUAACCUAUACUCCAAAUGCUGGUCUUUCCAAUUGGGACACUGAAGAUAAUAAUAGUCCACUCGAUAAAAUUUCAUAUGCUGUUUUAGAUAAAGGAGGUCUUUCUUCAGAGACUGAUUUAGUUUAUUUUAGUGUUAGACCAAGAAAUCCACCAAUUUAUACUGGUAAAGAUGAAAUUAAUGUAUUACAAAACACUCGUUAUCCAUUGACAAUCAUUGGUGAAAUUGGUAAUGGUGGCUCAUCUGUGGCAAUUAGUGUCGUUAGUUUCACUGGUAAUGGUACAUUAUAUGAAACAUUCAAUAUGGGUAGCGAAGGUACAAUUGAUAGACAAAUCUCAUCCUAUCCAGUCAAUAGAAGCGAUUCUUUGGUAGGAUCCUACUUUUAUGCAUAUAAACCACCACACAACCAAUAUGGAGAUGAUUUUGAUACAAUUACAUUCGUACUUAUUGAUGGUGAUCUUGUUUCAAAGAUUUAUACUGUCACUGUUAAUGUUAUUCAUGUAAAUCAACCACCAACAAUCAAAUUAAUUAGUUAUAAAGUUUUGGGAGGUUCUGGUAAAGAAAUUGAAUUUGGUUCAAAUUCAACUGUUAAUAUGAAUAUAAAUACCAUGGCACUUGUUAAAUAUAUUGGUAACGAUAUUGAUAAAGAUCAAGUUGGUCCAUUAGGUUCCAAAGUUUUAAAUAUUCCUUUAACUGGUACCAUUUAUAAAUUUAAUAAUGAAACAACUCCAUUAGGUGCCAUUAUUAAAGACAAAAAUUUAAAUAUUGAAAGAAAUGAUGAUGGUUUCUAUUAUUUUGUAUUUGUUCCAAUUAAAGGUAGUACCGGUCAAGGAUAUGCUCGUGUUCCAUUGAUUGUCAUUGAUGAUGGUGGUCUCGUUUCUCCAUCUGAAUCUGUUGACUUCAAUGUAAACAAUAUUAAUAUUCCACCAGUAAUUACAAUUGAUAAAGAAAAGAGAUCUUAUUCUCUUCUAACCAAUCUUACAAUAUCUGCAACCAAGAUAACAUUUGAUGACCCAGAUUCUAAAAACAAUGAUGUGUCAAUUACCAUUUCAAUUGUUGGUGAAAAAGAUGAAACUGUUGUACCAUUUUCAAAUGUUAGCUUCACUGUUACCACUGGUAAAGCAACAUGUAAACCUGAUUCAACUUUAUCAAGUAUUACUUGUGUUGGUAAAAAAUCAGAACUUAAUAAAGUAAUCUCCAAAAUUGAUAUUAUUGCAAAAGUAGCUGGAAAUUAUCGUCUUAAAGUAUUUGUUGAUGAUUUAGGUUAUAAUUCACCAAUUUCAAUUAGAAGUUCAACACAUUUGAACGCUACCGAUUAUGUAACUUUGCAAAUUUCCUCGCCAGAAGUAACAACUCAAAAUUCUAGUAAUAAAACUGUUUUAUCUGGUGCUAUUGCUGGUGCUGCCGCUGGUACUGCUUUGAUUGCUGCCGCUAUGUGGAAAAUGUUAAGAAAAGCUGCUCCACCAACUGAUGCAUUCUUUGAUGAAGGUGCUUUCCUUGGUGAUGGUGUUAACUCUAAUCCAAUGUAUCAAGAAUCAAAGAAUGGUGGUGAAAAUCCAUUAUACUUGGCUUCAAAUGAAACAUUAUAG